CGGUUUCAAAGAUUUUUCCUCCCAUAUUUUCUCUCCUUUCAAGUCAACAAUCAAUCGCCUUUCAUUAUGAACGCAGAUUCCAUACGCGUCUGCUGGCAGAGAUUCUUUAAUUCACUUUCUUCCAGGCUUUGGCAUCCUUGCAGAAAAGGAAGCUCAUCUCUGCUCUUGAUAAAGUCCCUCAUCUUUAUUAUCAUCAAUAUGUACUCAAAUUUAUAUGUGGCGGCUCUUGGCACCUUCUCUUCCACCUGCAUCACCUCUCUUUUCCAUUCAUAGAUUUCAGGAUUCAGAUUUAUAGGGCAGGGAAGAAGCAGCAGCCAUGACCAUUGCUAAUUCAAGUGAAUCUCCCACCAGGCUUGAGGGAAAGUAUAGUGCUAUGGUAGUAUGCUGGGUUUUGGGACUUGGUUCACUUGUUUCGUGGAACAGUAUGUUAACAAUAGGAGACUACUACUACAACUUGUUCCCGAAAUACCAUCCAGCAAGGGUCCUUACUCUUGUUUAUCAACCCUUCGCCGUGGGAACAAUGGUGAUACUGGCAUAUAACGAGUCCAGGAUAGAUACGAGAAAAAGAAACUUGGCUGGUUAUACCCUUUUCUUCCUAAGUACUUUGGCUCUCCUAGUUUUGGAUUUAGCCACAUCAGGGAAGGGAGGAAUUGGAAAUUAUAUUGGUAUAUGUGUCAUUGUUGCUGCCUUUGGAGUUGCAGAUGCCCAUGUUCAAGGUGGAAUGGUUGGAGACCUCUUCUUCAUGUGCCCAGAGUUCAUCCAAUCUUUUCUAGCCGGUUUGGCUGCGUCAGGGGCUCUCACCUCUGCUUUGAGGCUAAUGACAAAAGCAGCCUUUGGAAAAUCUAGUAAUGGUCUUCGCAAAGGAACUAUGUUAUUCCUAGCCAUCUCUACAUCUUUCGAGUUCCUAUGCAUUUUUCUUUAUGCACUCAUCUUCCCCAAGCUGCCAAUUGUGAAGUUCUACCGUUCAAAAGCCGCCUCAGAAGGAUCAAAAACUGUUUUGGCUGACCUUGCAGCUGCCGGCAUCCAAACAGAAGACAGCCAAGGAGCUGAAGACGAUGAUAAACAGCAGCAGCAGCAGCAACGGCUGAGCACCAAACAGUUGUUGAUCCAGAACAUAGAUUAUGCACUAGACUUGUUUCUAAUAUAUGUCCUGACUCUAUCAAUUUUUCCAGGAUUCUUAUACGAAAACACUGGAUCACACCAGCUGGGAUCUUGGUAUGAACUUGUUCUAAUAGCCAUGUACAAUGUGUGGGAUCUGAUAUCAAGGUACAUUCCCCUCAUCGAAAUAGUGAAACUGAAAUCAAGGAAAGGGCUUCUAGUCGCCACAUUGUGUCGCUUCCUGCUCGUUCCUGCGUUCUACUUCACCGCAAAAUAUGGAGAUCAGGGCUGGAUGAUCAUGCUCACCUCCUUCCUCGGGUUAACGAAUGGCUACCUCACAGUUUGUGUGCAAACAGAAGCCCCCAAAGGCUACAAGGGUCCGGAGCAAAACGCAUUGGGGAAUUUGCUAGUUUUGUUCCUUCUGGGGGGCAUAUUCUCAGGAGUGGCUCUUGAUUGGCUGUGGCUUAUUGGUAGCGGUAAGAAGUUUUAGAAAGAUUAGGUUUAAAGAAGAAAGGCUGAUGAUAGCUUGUCGAAGAUGGUGAUUGUAGAGUUUGAUGAUCCCACUUGUUUGCAUCACAUUCUAAUGCUUGUUUGCAGGGCUUUGUUCUGUGAAUCUGUGAAACGUUUAUAACUAAAUUCCAACAACUAAGAAAAUUUACGAAAAA